AUGCACUCAGCUCUUCGACCCGGCCAUGACUUUUAUUUCAACACUUAUGCUCCUAAAGUGCGUUCGUGCGGCAUUGUAGCCAAUGAGCGGUACUAUGCUUGGCUACAAGCGGCGUGCUUCGACCCGUUGAGCGACUCAGCCGUGGCCGAUGCGAUAGAGGCUGUUGGACUAGCUGGGCUCGGUAACGUCUCAAAGGCGCCGCAGAUCAGCUGUCAGGCCUAUGACGUGUACUGCAGGGCGAGGAAGAAGCUCGACGCGUUGCUGGAGGACCCUGACAAGCGUCCCGAAGACGAGACAUUGCUGGUCCUGAUUACUUUGUGCUUCUUUCAGACUGUGUACUUCGAAACAUGGCAGAGCCAUAACGCUUGGGCAGAACUCGUGUGGAAAGGUGUUGAGCUUAUCGACAUUCGCGGCUCACAACAAUUCAAAGACGAGAUCGGUGGUAUAUUGUAUGCCCAGAUUCGAGCCCCGAUCCUCUGUCUCUGCGUUCAACACGGCUACCCCGUUCCACCAGCUCUUGUGUCAGCUACAUACACUUUCGAAAAUGGUGCAAUCCGUCAGGAGUGGCUGAAGUCAGAGUACGCGAGUCCGGCUUCCAUGAGUGUCAUCUCUUUCCAGCUCGUCAACCUUGGAGCUGCCAUCAGACAAGGACAGUUCACGGAUACAUCAGGAAUCCGCGAUCGCGCUAUGGCGAUCGACAGAGAUCUUCAAGCCUGGGCCAGCGUGCUACCUGCUCAUUGGAAGUGGUUUCAACUGCCUCCGAGAAUCAACGGGGAGAUUGACUACGAUUCGAGUCAAUUUCAGUAUGCGGGCAACACGUGGCUCGCCGAGAUCCAGAACACAUAUCGAUCCUUGAGGAUCGUGGCUCUGCGGCUCGUUGGCCAUGACAAGGAAUCUAGGUCUGACGGCGAGGUCCUUGCAGCGAUUAGGGAUCUGUCCGAUGAGAUCUGCUGUUCUGUGGCGGUCUUCGAUAACGUCUCGCGUGCGUUGUCAGUGCUCCGACCUUUAAUGGUUGUCUUUCUGGCAGAAAGCAACCCUCUGGCGACCCGGCGAUACGCAGCGCAGGCACUGCUGAGGGUUGGAGGACGGCUAGGCGUGAAGAACGCCACGGACGUCGCUGAGUUAGUGCUCGGCUGCCUGGGAGGUGAGAGCUCUGGUGGACUUGAGAGGCUCGACUACGACACUGUGCCGAUCGCCGCCACCUUCUGA